UCCUAACUCUGAACAGACGCUUAGUGAAGUUGUCUUCAGCCUCCUCUUCCUCAUCCUCUUCCUCUUCUUCCUGCAGCUGUGAGAUUUAGGAGCCCUUCUUCUUCAUCAUCAUCUUCCUCUUCCUCGUGAUGGCGAGCUUCGCUCUGCGAGGCGUCCUGCUGCUGCUCGGAGGGACGAGUCUCCUCGCCGUCGGCACGCCGCCCAGAAUCAGAGUGCGGCGCCAGAACAUGAAGGUUCGGAUCAACGCCACGGGCGACACCAUCGUGAUGACGUUUGUGCGUCCGAGUCCCGACGUGAAGCUGGAGGGAUAUAUUCUGGGAUACGGCAGCAGCGUCUUCUCCAAACAGUUCAUCCAGCUGCCGGAGAACGGACGGUCCUAUGAGACGGAGAUAGAUGCAGAACCCAAAUACCUGGUGGCCGUGCAGCCAAUCCCGGUCAACGACGUCAAGAAACACUGCACAGGGAAGGUGGACCUGGAGAAGCCUCUGCAGCUGGUGAUUGGCUCGGUGAGUCCGACGGCGGUGCUUCUGUCCUGGAGGAAGUCUCUGAAGACGCCGUACGGCCAGGACAUCAUGAACCAGUGUCUGGAGGACGGGUUCUAUACGGUCCGGUACCGCCAGCGGAACAAGAAGUGGACCUACCAGACGUGUCCGACCGGCGACACGGUGGUCGACCACCUGAAGCCCAACACGCCGUACGAGUUUGGUGUGCGCUCCAACACCGGCGGCCGCAGCGGCGCCUGGAGCAAACCGGUCAUCCACAGCACCAACAUGGCCGAUAAGAUCAAACAGAACCUGUAUAAUCCUGUCGUCAAGCCGCUGAACCCUCUGGUGUCUCGUGGCCUCUUCCCCCCCCGCCCCGCUCUUCACAACAAGACUCAACUCUCAACACCAAUCAGAACCUCCGGAGCUCCUCGCUCUCCUUAUGCGUCCCCUGCCAGCGGCCAGGAAACGUCCCCGCCUCGCGUCUCCCUCGACAGAGGAAACGCCGUAACUAACGACACCAAUCGACCAGCGGAUCCACUUCCUGUCUUCCCCCAACUCCUGCCCACCCAAGCCCCUCCCCCUCCUCCUCCCGCCAACCCCACCCCCCUCCCUAAAUUACUGUCCAAUGGCGGCUCACUUCCUGUGCAGACGGCGUCCAGUAAGGCGCCCGAGACACCACGUAACCCGGCUGCUGUCGGCCAAUCGCAGGACGGCUCGUCGCUGCUGAGGUCCGCUCUGGCCAAUGAGAGAGCCAGAACUAACAGCUUGGGUCAAAGCAGCAGAAAGGUGUCUCCACGACUACCGUCUCAGCCCUACAGCCCGUCUGCUACGGCGGUUGGCAGAUCUGUGAGGCCGGCGGCCAGAAACCCCUCCCCCCCCACGGGGAGGCUGAGGGUAAGCGGACAGCUACCCCGGGGCUUCUCCCCGCCUAAACCCGCCCUCUGGGCCCACCCUCAACUGGGGCUGCCGGUGCGCCCGUCUUUAACGAUCAACAAGAAGACAAACCAGGUGGCGAAACCGGGAGAAACUGCCGCAGACAAGGUGAACAACUUUAAGCAGACGGACCGGCUGGUGAUCCUGAAACCCAAAGUCCUGCCGCCGACCGCCAAGCCCCCCAAACCAGACAGGAAACACGCCACAACGGGAGCCCCCGCCACCGCCGCGAGUCGCCAGGAGACCUGGGAGGACUCUGAGCUCUUUAAAUCCCAGCCGGCAUCGGACGUCGACGCUCUGGGGAAGAAACGCUACGUUGCACCUCACGUGAUCUACCAAACGGGGAAGAAGCCAGACGAGCCGUGCUCCAUCACUUCCUCUCUGAGCUACUUCCCGGUGGACGGGCCGGCCGACGCCAACGUGACGGCCCCCCCGCGGGCCCCGCCCUCCAACCUCACCGUGGUAACGGUGGAGGGAUGCCCGUCCUUCGUCAUCCUGGACUGGGAGAAGACAGACAACGACACCACCGAGUAUGAGGUCAUCUCCACGGCGAAGGGGCCGGACGGCGAGAAGGUCUCCAUCCUGACCACCAACCAGACUCACACCACCGUGGAGAACCUCAAACCAGAGAGCAGUUAUGAGUUUAAAGUGAAGCCCAAGAACGAGCUCGGAGCUGGACCUCCUAGUGACCCAGUUACCUUCAACACAGAGUCAGCUGAUCCUCGAGUCAGUGAGAACGUUUCAGGUAAAGAUGCCAUCUGGACCCAGUUCCCCUUUAAGACGGACUCGUACUCCGACUGCCACGGGAAGCAGUACGUCAAGAGGACCUGGUACCGCAAGUUUGUUGGUGUUCAGCUCUGUAACUCUCUCCGUUACAAGAUCUACCUGAGUGAUUCUCUCAAUGGGAACUUCUACAACAUCGGGGACCAGACGGGCUUCGGAGAGGACCACUGUCAGUUCGUGGACUCCUUUCUGGACGGGAGGACGGGACGCCAGCUCAGAGCAGACCAGCUGCCCUCCAGACCUGGUUUCUACCGAGCGGUGCGCCAGGAGCCGGUCCACUUCGGUCAGAUCGGAGGCUCCUCCCACGUCAGCUACGUGGCGUGGUACGAGUGUGGGACGCCAAUCCCCGGGAAAUGGUGAACCAAUCAGCACGCUCCACGUUUCCUCCAGGAGAAGACACACAGAGUCUUUAAAGGGGAACUUCACCUGAUCCAACCGGGGGUUCAAUCCCCAUGUUUCUGAGUCUAAGAGACAGAUUAUUGUUCUUAGUGUGUGACAACAUUAUGGGAUGGAUCCCUACAGAGAUAGACCUUUUAGUUAAAGAGUAAGAUCCUUUUAGUUUAACAUCAAACAGCCCCGAAAUCACCAUCACCAAAC